AUGGUCGACAUCCUCCCCCUCAGCAGCUACCCCUCCUACAUCGACCUCCUCCCAUCGAUCCAAACCUGCAACAUCACGAACCUGCCCGAGAACUACUUCCUAAAAUACUACCUGUACCAUGCUCUGACCUGGCCCCAACUAUCCUUCGUGGCCGUAGUGGGGUACGUGUUGGCGAAGAUGGAGGAGGAGCCGACGGAUGGGGUGCCGCAUGGUCAUAUCACGAGUAUUUCUGUGAUGAGGACGCAUAGACGGUUGGGUAUUGCGGAGAGGUUGAUGAGGAUGUCUCAACGCGCAAUGGCCGAAUGCCACCGCGCACAAUACGUGUCCCUGCACGUGCGCGUAUCCAACAAGGCGGCACUGCAUCUUUACCGCGAUACGCUGGGAUUCCAGGUCGACAGUGUCGAGAGCAAGUACUAUGCGGAUGGGGAGGAUGCGUACGCGAUGCGCAUGGAUCUGUCGGGGAUGUUUAUCGAUUGGGCGGAGAUUGAGCGGAAGGAUCGCGAGCGGGCGGAGAAAGAUGAGAAGGAUGCGGACGAGGGAGACGAGGUGGGUGAUUUGGGGAAGAAGGAGGAGAAGGAGAGUAGUGAGAAGAUGGUUAAGGUGAAGGUUGGGCGUGGGUUGGGAGUGGGGGAUUUGGUUGAGAAGAAUGAGGCGCAGGGUUCUUCUCAGUAA